CUAGCUGCUGUAACAAGACAUCAUCGAUCAACCAUGGCGUUCUCCGGCAAGCCUGUCAUCGCCGUCGUCCUCCUUUCCCUCGCCCUCCUCGUGCUCGUCGACGCCCAGCAAGCUACCACAGAUGAUUCCUCGGUGUUGGGUGGCAGCCAGAGAUCUCUGCUCCAGGCACCAAAGAUAGAUUGUGGGUCGGCGUGCGAGGCGAGGUGCGGGAGGAACUGGAAGAACAAGAUGUGCAACAAGAUGUGCAACAUCUGCUGCGGCAAGUGCAGCUGCGUGCCCUCCGGCACCGGCCAGGACACGCGCAACCAGUGCCCCUGCUACGCCAACAUGCUCAACUCCAAGAACGGCAAGCCCAAGUGCCCAUAGAUCAUAUCAUACCAAGGGCAAACUUAACUCUGCUUCUGAUCAGAAGUAUAAUCCAUCUCUACAAAUAUGCAGACAUCCAGCAUAUAUAUAGCUGCAUAAGUAAAUAAUCUACAGUAUAUAUUGCUGUUGUUCAUCCAAUCGAUCCAUCGAUUGGUCCAUGUUUGCUGGUCUGGCUGGAUUCCCUAUCAUAUUCGUACAUGUGUAGCCAAUUAAGUUUGUAAGGAAAAGAAGGGAUCUAUGCAGUCGUCACUUGUAAUUGCCA